AGCGUUUUCGUGUGCCAACUUUGAUCUGUGUGAAAAGUAUGGAAGCAAAUGAUGCGGAAAUGGAGAAAUCCCAAAGUAAUUUUACGCAUCCCAUCAAUAAAAACAAAAAUGAUCCAUGGACACCAUUAGAAUCUAAAGAUUCUGCUUUUCCAACGAUACUCGCUGCUCCUCAAGACCCUCUGAAGAACAUUAUAAGUUCGGAGUCUUACGUCAAAUCAUUAGAGAAAAGACUAAACAAAAUAAAAGGAAAGUCAGCCACAGUGAAACCUAAAGACAUGAUACAAAGUUUACACGAAGCCCGAGAUUUGCAUUCAUCACAGUAUAUUUCAGACAGUACAACAAACACUUACAGUGAAGACUUUACCUCUGAUACUAGUGAGUCAAUGAUAACAUCAAUACAGAGAAAAUUAAAUCCAGAAAGACAAGCUCUGAAUACUCAGGAACUUGUGCCUCUUGUUCAAGAAGAUGUUUUAGCAAGAACCCUAGCAGAACUAGAUGAUACAAAAGAUGUACAAAAAACAUGUAGUGUAGAAAAAACUUGAAAAUUGAAUAAACAAUUAAUAGUAACAUACUUUUGUUUUAAAGGGUCAUGCAAUCAUAGAAAUAUGGAGGCCUGACCCUAAAUACAUAUUGUGAAUGCCACACAGAUAUAAUUCAUAAAUAAGACGGAAAAAAAUCACAAUAUUUUGAUGCAAGUAAACCUGUCAAGAAAAGUAGAAGGGAAGCGAUGUUAAUUUUUUUUUUCCAUACACCAGUGUUUUACUUUUCAAGUAGGGGAUGAGGGAGAGUUAGGGAGAGAAAAUUUAAUACCGAUUUUCUGUUUGUCAGUCUGUCUGUCUGUCUGUCACAAAACUUUAUCUGGAACAAGAACCUUGAAAGAAAACAAAUCACUUUUUAAAAUAUUUGUAUGGUCUAAAUAUUCUUCAGGUUAGAUUUCGUCAAAUAAUUACUUGAAGGAUUAGUAUUUGGCAAAAGUUUCCAUCUUUACAAUAGUUACUUUUGAAUGCUAAAUUGUUGAGCCUUCAUUUCCAAUAUUGCUGGUCAAAAAAAAUGGGAUGAAGCAAUGUACACAAAAAUCAAUGUCUGUGUUAUUGAAACUUUAUUUAUUUGAUUUGUUUUCAUAAGAAUAUAAUCAUAUGGAGGA